AAAAUCAACUCAAGAGAACUUCAUUUGAAGUCAGGUAAGUAUUGAGCUUGUUAGCAAAUGUUACCAGCUUUAGCUAAGUCAGUUUAUCUAAAUGGCAAAGAAGCAUUCAAUCACUUAGUCGAACUAUUUACAGAUGUAGUUUACGUCUUGGUGUCGGUGUCAAUGUGUGAACACAAACUCGGCUAGCUAUUAACCUUUACUACCCUCACAUCAACAGCCAAGCUACAAGCACCAGCUGCAGCUAGAGAUCCUCAAGCUCACAGAACAAAUUAAAACGGAACAAACUGCACGUGAUGACAAUGUGGCUGAAUACCUGAAACUUGCUAAUAAUGCUGACAACAGAGUUUUCGAAUCAAACAGGUGUUUGAGAGGAAGAACCAAAAGUCAGCUCAGACAAUCCAGUAACUGCAGAGGAAGCUGGAGCACUACCACCGGAAGCUCCGUGAGAUGCAGCCCAAUGGCAUCCCAUACCAGCCCAAAGAUGUUUUUCGAGACAUGCACCAGGGGCUGAAAGAUGUUGGAGCCAAGGUAACAGGGGGCCUUUCUAGCUUCUCUCAAGCCACCCAUUCUGCUGCUGGAGCUGUGGUGUCCAAACCAAGAGAAAUAGCUUCCCUCAUCCGCAACAAGUUUGGCAGUGCUGAUAACAUUGCAGCACUCCAAGAUGAAACUCAAGGAGAUGAUGGUGUCGGCCCUGGGAGCAAGGGCCUUGGAACAGGGCAGUUGCAAUUGCAAUCCAGCCUCAAGUAUAGCAGUGAUGAUGACUGUUCUAGUGCUACUUCUGGUUCUGCAGGAGCAAACAGCGCCCCUGGUGCCCCCCCUAGCUCCAGGGGCAAUACCCUUGAUCAUGCCCAAGCCUCAGGCUUUGAUGCUAUACUCCAUGAGAUCCAAGAGCUUCGGGAAAACCAAGGUCGACUUGAGGAGUCCUUUGAAAAUUUAAAGGCCCACUAUCAGCGGGACUACACCGUGAUCAUGGAGGCCCUGCAAGAGGAACGAUUCAGGUGUGAACCUUUAGAAGAACAACUCAGUGACUUAACAGAACUACACCAGAAUGAAAUUCUGAACUUAAAACAGGAACUAGCCAGCAUGGAGGAAAUAACUGCCUACCAGUCUAAUGAAAGAGCAAGAGACAUACAGGUAAGCUUUCCCCCAGUCAACAUAACAGGUGUGUUCCAACAUCUAUACUACCUUACUAUACCGAAUGCCAGAACAAAAUGUGUUGCAUACCAGUACACAGUAUGUCAAAUGUAAUAUUUCAAAAAUACCUUGAUGUCCUACUACAUUUGGGUGGAUUUGCCCCCAUGCAAUGCUUUUCUGGUCAUUCUGACUCAAAAUACUUGGCAUUUAUGUAACAGAUGUCAUGGUAUCUUGCACCAGUAUAAACAAAUUCAGUCUCUGAGAGGGCACAUACAGAUGACAGCUCAUUUCAGAAUGAAUGUGCAAGUCAAAGUUCAGGACGCAUUAUUAGUUUGAAGAUCCAUCCAUUCAUUCUCUAUACACCGCUUUAUCCUUACUAGGGUUGCUGGAGCCUAUCUCAGCUGACUCGGGCAAAGGCAGGGGACACCCUGGACAGGUCGCCAGUCUGUCAC